AAAACCGCUUCAACGCUCACGCCCGGUGAUUGGUAUCCGGGGGCCGCUUCACCGCGUUGCCCGCCGGGCCACCACCGUCAAGCUCGCGCGCGCGAUCCAACGCGAACCUACUACCCCUGUCUCCCUUUGACCGCGCCACACACGAGCAGGAGCAGCAGCAGCUCUCCGAUCCCCGUCCAACCUUGUGAGCCGUAUAUAUAAAGCUCCUCUCGAGGUCGGCAAGGAGAAGCAACCACCCGGCUGAGACUGAUCCAGACGCAAAAGGCAUCGACCCGAGUCCGACGCUUCACGAGGCAAGGAAUCUACACCGGCCGGCUAGCUAGCCGGGGCCAUUCGAUCGACCGAUGGAGAAGAAGCAGCGGAAGCACGCGAGGUCCAGGAGCUUCACGGCCGCCGGGCUGGCCUCCUUCUUCCGCUCCACCGUCGCGUCCUUCUCCUCCAACUUCCCCUCCCGCGCCAGGUCCUCCUUCAACCACCGCAACGCCUUCUCGGGGCCCAUCGUCUCCAUCGUCCCGCCGGAGGCCCGCGGCAGGAGGGCGAAGCACCGCUCGGGGUACCGGACGCCCGAGCCCUCGUCGCCCAAGGUCUCCUGCAUCGGCCAGAUCAAGCGGAGCAGCUCCAGGCGCCAGAAGAAGGUCAACCCCUGCGGCAAGAACGGCGGCGCCUGCCCGCUGCCGCCGCGCCCGGCGGAGGAGACGAAGCCCCGCGGCGGGGCCAGGGGCUCGCUCGUGAAGCGGAUGUCCUUCUUCCGGCGCAGCAGGUCGCGGGCGUCGUCGAAGGACGGCUGCGCCAACGGCAGCUGCGCCCUGGCGCCGCCGGCGCCGGCGGGGCUCGGGCAGAUGAAGCGGUUUGCGAGCGGCCGCGCGGCGUUCCAGGACUUCGACUGGCGGGAGGAGGAGGACGAAAGGAGGAGCUAUGGCGGCAGCGACGGAGAGUUCGACGAGGACGAAGGGUUCGUGACGCACUCGGCGCCGCUCACGCUCGGCGGCGGGGUGGUGGCGUCCGAGCCCAGGAAGGAGGUCAACCUGUGGAGGCGGCGCCCCAUGGCCCCUCCCAGUCCGCUUCAGCUUCCUUAGGCUAGCAGCGAUCGACCUGCAUGCUCCUUGUUCCUUGCAUGCGUGCUCACCUCUGUGUGCCAAUGCCUGUGUUUCUAGUUUGUACAGCUCGACACGCUUGUGUGAUGAUCCUACAAGUUUUAGUUGAUUUUGUAUAUGUGGUGCUCGUCUUUGGAAGAAAGUAAACAGAGUGUUUGUCUCAGCAA